UAGUAACAGAAAAUAUCCCUAGCGUAAAAAUCCCUGUUUUCUUUCAAUCGUACAAGUUGUCAAACCUUGUACCGAAAGUUCACUCUAUUUAGUAACUGAUAUUAUUGCAAAGUAAUUGUCAUGGCUUCGGAACGUUAUAGUUUUUCAUUAACAACUUUCAGUCCAUCUGGAAAAUUGGUUCAGAUAGAAUAUGCUUUAGCUGCUGUCGCUGCUGGAGCAGCAAGUGUUGGCAUUAAAGCUUCGAAUGGAGUUGUUCUUGCCACAGAAAACAAACACAAAUCUAUAUUGUACGAUGAACACAGUGUAAAGAAAGUAGAAAUAAUUACAAAACAUAUUGGUAUGGUAUAUAGUGGCAUGGGUCCAGAUUAUAGAUUAUUAGUAAAGCAAGCACGUAAAAUUGCACAACAAUAUCAGCUUAUUUAUCAAGAACCAAUACCUACUGCACAAUUGGUACAAAGAGUUGCAAUGCUUAUGCAAGAAUAUACACAGUCUGGAGGAGUCAGACCUUUUGGAGUCUCUUUGUUAAUUUGUGGCUGGGAUAAUGGAAAGCCAUGUUUAUAUCAAUGCGAUCCUUCUGGUGCAUAUUUUGCAUGGAAGGCCACGGCAAUGGGUAAAAAUUUUGUCAAUGGAAAAGUAUUUCUUGAGAAAAGAUAUAGCGAAGAUUUGGAAUUGGACGAUGCUGUUCAUACUGCCAUUUUAACUUUAAAGGAAGGAUUCGAGGGACAGAUGACAGCUGAUAAUAUAGAAAUUGGUAUUUGUGAUGCAAAUGGUUUUAGAAGAUUGGAACCUUCCAAUGUAAAAGAUUAUCUUGCUAAUAUUCCUUAAAUUUUUAUUAUUUUUAUAUUACAUUAUUACAGUAAUCUUUACACAAUCAAGAAUAAACUAGAUUCUUAUAAUAAAA